GACUUCUCUAGGAUAGAAUAGUUGAGGAAGGGAAAUGGGAAAGAUUUAGUCAAGUGGGGAAAUGCGAGGACAACAGAAAGAAAACGAAAAAAAAAAAAAGAAUAAAGAAAGAAACCCAUCAGAAGGAGUGCUUGAGGCUUACAGUUCCUCCUAGUAUGACCGAGAUCUGAUCGGCCAACCCAGUCGUUGUCUCUUGUGCCUGGCAUUGCAGUGCUGGGGCCAUUUCCUCACUCCAAACUACGGCGCUGUCAUGGCGGCUGCCUCUACUUCCAGCCCUGUAAUUUCACAGCUCCAGUUCACAGCCAUGAACGAACCACAGUGCUUCUACAACGAGUCUAUUGCCUUCUUUUAUAACCGGAGUGGGAAAUAUCUUGCCACAGAAUGGAACACGGUGAGCAAGCUGGUGAUGGGACUGGGGAUCACAGUCUGUGUGUUCAUCAUGCUGGCCAACCUACUGGUCAUGGUGGCAAUCUAUGUCAACCGCCGCUUCCAUUUCCCUAUUUAUUACUUGAUGGCCAACCUGGCUGCUGCAGACUUCUUCGCUGGAUUGGCCUACUUCUACCUGAUGUUCAACACAGGACCCAAUACUCGGAGACUGACUGUUAGCACGUGGCUCCUCCGGCAGGGCCUCAUCGACACCAGCCUCACGGCCUCUGUGGCCAACCUGCUGGCUAUUGCCAUUGAGAGGCACAUCACGGUUUUCCGCAUGCAGCUCCAUACACGAAUGAGCAACAGGCGUGUGGUGGUGGUGAUUGUGGUCAUCUGGACCAUGGCCAUUGUGAUGGGUGCCAUACCCAGUGUGGGCUGGAACUGUAUCUGUGAUAUUGAUCAUUGUUCCAACAUGGCACCCCUCUACAGUGACUCCUACUUAGUCUUCUGGGCCAUUUUCAACCUAGUAACCUUUGUGGUCAUGGUGGUUCUCUAUGCUCACAUCUUUGGCUAUGUUCGCCAGAGGACUAUGAGAAUGUCCCGGCAUAGUUCUGGACCCAGGAGGAAUCGGGACACCAUGAUGAGCCUUCUGAAGACUGUGGUCAUUGUGCUUGGUGCCUUUAUUAUCUGCUGGACACCGGGACUGGUCUUGUUACUGCUGGAUGUGUGUUGUCCACAGUGCAACGUCCUGGCCUAUGAGAAGUUCUUCCUCCUCCUCGCUGAGUUCAACUCCGCCAUGAACCCCAUCAUCUACUCCUACCGUGACAAAGAGAUGAGCGCCACCUUCAGGCAGAUCCUGUGCUGCCAGCGCAGUGAGAACGCCAAUGGCCCCACGGAAGGCUCCGACCGCUCAGCCUCCUCCCUCAACCACACCAUUCUGGCUGGAGCUCACAGCAAUGACCACUCUGUGGUUUAGAAGGAAGCCAGCCAGCCUCUGUGAAGCUGUGAACCCCCACCCCUAUUGCCAGGGCAAGGUGGGGAGCCAGAGGAGAGGAAGCUACUCCUGUACUUAAACACUAACCAAUGGCAGUAUUUGUCCCUAGACCCAAGAGACUUGACAUAGCCUGGGGAUGAACCUAUGUGGCGCCCCCACCCCUCCUCCUUCUUUGGAAAAUAGAAAGUGUAUGUCUUGCAGUGGAAUUCAGAAACAGACUCUGGGGUGACCGUGUAGCCUUCACCAGCUAGACUUAAAAGAUUUUGUGUGGUUUGGCCUAAGCCAGAAGAGAAAUCUGCCAAAUUGAGCACACGACUUCAUACAGGCUUCCCCUUUAAAAUACAAAACAAGAAACUCUGGAGGAUACAUUUCACUUAAUAAGUAUGUUUAUUCCUGUCAGCGUGUUUCUGGUUGAAAAGACUGUUAAAUUGACAUAGGAGAAUUUUUUUUCCACUAUGGAGGAAAACUGUAAAUUAGAAUGUUUUUUGUGUUUGUUUAGAAAGCAAGCAUGUGGCAUGUGUAUACAGUAUGUUUUUCUUUAAAGAUGAAAGGAUAAUAUUUUAACUCUUCUAGGGGAUAGAAGAAUCUAGUAAAAGUCAGUAUUCAUUUGGGCUGUGGAAGAAACAAUAUCCUCACCACUUGACCUUUUAAGGUAUUGGAACAGGCAUGAAAGGCGGGGAGUGCGAUCUUAUCACCCAAAGAGUGUAUACUCUAAAAACCUGGGAGAAGAUGAAGUGUGGUGGUACUGUCACCACGUAGUUAAGACACCCAAGUGCAUUCUUAUUGCCAGGACAUUAGCAGAUGUUUUUUUAAAGCCUGUGGUUUUCCAAGUUAUAAAAUAAUACAUACUUAAUAUAGAAAACUUGAAAAUUGCAGAACUGUAUGAGAAAGAAUAAGAAAAGAAAGAUUACUGAUAUAACAACCCAGAGGUAGCCAUCUUUACCAGCUCGUGCAUGUAUGCCUACAGACAUAUAUUAUAUACUUUUUUACAUAAUUGGAAUGAUAUUGUAAAUUUUUUUGUAACUUUUUCUUUCAGAAUUGCUAGGUUUUCCUAUGGCAUUAUUAUUAUGUUUUUUUUUUUUUACAAAAACAGUGUUAGCGGCCAUAUAAUAUUCCAUUUAAUGGAUACAGCUCAGUUUAUUUAACCAUUCCUGUAUUGUUGACUAGAUUUUUUUAAAAAUUUUCAUUAUUAUAAUAUUGGAAGAAUCUUGUGUACAUAAGACUUUGCCAGUAUCAUUGAUUAUUUACUUAGGACCUAUUCCCAUGAAGGACCUACUUUUUAAAAUGUGAAAUGUCCUCAUGUGUUUUCACUUUAUAAAAAGGGACAUUCUACUUUCAAACUGCAGGAGUGGCAGUGUAAAUGUCCCUAAAGUUACCUUUUUACAGAAGAAACACAGUGGUUACUCAAGUUGAGAAUGACUUCUUAACAAGAUGUUUCCCAAUAACCAAGAUGACCUAAUGUAGCUAGUGAUUUCCCUCUCGUGUUUUGAGGGAAUGGUGAUCCCAUUCUUGGCAGACACGGUUGUCACGUCGAAUUGAAGAAAACACAAAGAAAUCACAGAAGUGAGUCCAGCAUUGCUCUACUAAGUAGCCUGGGUGGGGUCUGUUAGCAACUGGCUGCUGUGUGUGUGUCUCCAGCAAUCGCCCAAUAGAUGAUCGUCCUCAGAGAUGCCUGGUACAUUGUCCAGGUGACUGGUGGCCCUAUUGAUGUGCUAAAAGGAGAAACGAGGAAGAAAUACAGCCCUGAAGCAGGUGUGGGAAGGUCAGGAGGAUGUUUGAGAGAAAGAAGUCCUGAAGAGAGUGGCAUUCUAGGGAAGGGGAAGGUGAAGUGUGGCCCUUGUCUGCACAGAGGGAAGGCCCAUGAAAUGUGUCUGGUGAACAAAAAAAAGCAGGUGGAGAGCCAGUUAGCAGGAGAAAGAUUUCGCUCAGAGUUUACACAAAAUGCAGAAGUUUUAUUCUGGAAAUGAGUGAAAUGAACUUGGACGUUUAUUAACGCCAUUUUUAUGGGGGCGAUAAGGAUUAUUUGAAUUGAAAUGCAUACUAAUUGGACCCUAAUAAAUCAUUCUCAAUCAGUGUUUGCCAA